GGAGCGGACAUGGGCAGAGCGAUGGUGACCAGACUGGGGCUGGGGUUGCUGCUUCUGGCACUGCUCCUACCCAUGCAGAUCUAUUGCAACCAAACAUCUGUUGCACCAUUUUCAAGUAACCAGACUAUCUCUACUGCCCCAAAUCCAACUAAUGCCACCACCAAAGCAGGUGGCAGUGCUCUGCAGUCAAUGGCGGGUCUCCUCGUGGUCUCACUUUCUCUUCUACAUCUCUACUGUUAGAGACUCGGACCAAGAAACGUCUCUACUUCCCCAUCUUCUAGACCCACCCCAAUGGUAACCACAAGUCCAGUGUGACCAGGAAGAAACAGGUUCAUAUCAAAUCUGCUAUUACCAUACCUCAACAGAAAAUCUUGAGAAUUCAUGUGAAGGAUGUGACAGAUGGUGAAUGCCAAUAUUGAAUCUGCUAGAGUUUUAUGUUCAAGAUGAAGAGUGAUAACAUCUGAAGUUGACGUGAUUUCCUUGAAUGUGACUUAAGAA